AUGGCUUGUCAAGAUCAAUUCCCGAUCACGGAGUUGGUGCAGGCCUCUUGCAGUCAUGAAUACUGCCAGGACUGCAGCACUGCAUUAUUCACACACGCGAUAAAAGAUCAGUCAAUGUUCCCGCCAAAAUGUUGCGGCCAACCCAUUACUCUCGAAUCUGUACGGAAGUUCUUGACUGCAGAAUUAAUAGAUGAUUUCAAGAGGACCAAAGAAGAACGCGAUACGCCUAAUCGCACUUAUUGUUCAAACAAGACGUGCUCAGCAUUUUUGAAGCCAAUAGAAACAAGAAAACCCGCUACGCUUUGCGUUGAUGAUAACCUUACUUGCUCGAGUUGUGGAACUAUCACUUGUACUAUAUGCAAGGGAGCAGCUCAUUAUGGUGACUGCCCCGCUGACACAAACUUACAACGAGCACUCGAGACAGCAACGGAGAACAACUGGAAAAGAUGCAAGGCUUGUGGACAGAUUGUAGAACGUAUAGAUGGGUGCAAUCAUAUGAUAUGCGUGUGCGGGGCUCAUUUCUGCUAUACGUGUGGAGCGAAGUGGAAGACAUGUCGUUGU